CAUAAAAAAGCGAUACAGCUAUAUAUUUAAUUGAUGUAUAAAAAAUCGGUGAAAAAUCAGUUUUUAAAUAUUUAUGGAAAAGCGCGUACAAACAUAAAAAAAGAGACAAAUGUUUUAACAUAAACGAAAUGUGAUGGCAUCCUUAGGUAGCUAUGAAAAUGAAUCAAAUGCCAAACAUACCAUUUCUACCUCUAUCGGAGGCCGUUGUGAAGAUCCCAGUUGCUUUGCGAGUAAAUUAACUUCACCGCUACCAAAGCGAAGGUCUGCCCAGUUUUUUUCAGCUCCAGCUGUGGUGGAAAAGCCGGUAUUAGUGAGGGGGCUUACAUCUGCUUUUCAAGUACACGGUAGCUCGGCUAAAUUCGCUGAUUUAAAAAAUCCGAACGAUGAUGAUUCUGCUAAAACUAUUUAUCGAGUUGUACCUAAUACUCAUGUGCAUGUAGUUAACUACGUGGUAGUAGACACCGACGAAGAAGAUUUAAGUAAGAUUAGUAAUGCUGACCCAAGUACUAUACAGAAAUUGGUCGCAAUACAAAAAGACAGUGCCGCGGAAACGUUAAAGAAAUUAAUGAACGCACCAAAAGUUUCGAAAACUUUGGCUUCUACAAAUCUAUCGAUCGGAUCAACGGUAAGCGUUUCGGCCAUGCAGACGACUUUGCAUUCUUCGACUUCGACUACACAAAAUCCUGUAAACUCCACAAUUUUGUCUAUGCAAAAUACGUUAAAUUCAUCCCCUUUGCCUGUCCAAAACACUUUAACAGCGUCAGCCUUGCCUAUGCAAGGCUCAUUAAAUUCUGCAACUUUGCCAAUGCAAAAUACAAUAAAUUCAUCCGUUUUGCCUAUGCAAGGCUCAAUAAAUUCUUCAACUUUGCCAAUGCAAAGUACAUUAAAUUCAUGCGUUUUGCCUAUGCAAAAUACAUUAAAUUCAUCCACUUUGCCCAUGCAAAGCACAUUAAACGCUGCAACUUUGUCGCUGCAAACUCUUUUAAAUUCCUCAACUUUGCCUAUGCAAAACCAUUUGAAUUCCUCUACUAUGCCAAUGCAAAAUUCUCAAAAUGUUUCGACUUUGCCCAUGCAAAGUUCCUUAAGUUCAUCAGCUGUGUCGAUACAAAAUCCCCUUCAUUCUUCAUAUUCACCUGUGUUAACUACGAUUUGUAAUAAGAAUUUUCAAAGUCUGUCGAAUUAUCCCUUGGCUCCAGUAAGCAGUACAAUGUCCACUUUAAAUAAUAAUUCAACCUCAAUAAGCUUACCGCUACGAAUGCAUCCAAAUUUAAAAAUAACCGCAGUGGCGAGCGCAGAAAAUAUGCCGCCUCUGGCGUCCAUCACUACACCGAGUACGCCUGCCAUCCCAUCAUCUAUAGUUUCGUCAAAUAUAAUCCCGUCAACUUUGGCCGGUUUAUUAAACACAUCGCCUAUGCCUCUUCCUAAUGUAUCCCCGCUAACGACAAUGACUACGCCUUUGCCGCCACAACCGCAACCGAUAACUGCCAUUACUGCAGAUGCUCCGAGGAAGCCGGUUUUCGAUCAAAUGCAAGCAGAACUUCAAGAACUUAGACGCACUGUAGCUCUGUUAGCUGAAGCUCAGGCCAGCAGUCAACUACAACAACAGACGACCGUGCAACGUUCUACAAAAAAAUCCCGAACAAAUACUACCAAUAAUGUCGCCUCGUAAGCCAUCAUAUUUUGAAACGUGUAUACCAAAAAAGUGAAGGGUGCCUAAGAAUUCUUUGCUUCAUAACCGUUGCAGACGUCACCAAAAUCUGCUGAAAUGGAUGCGACCGGUUAUGAUAUAUUUGCUAUUUUGAUGACAUAGCUUUAAAAGGAAAAUACUGUAUUUUUCUCUAUAUUCAUCUUAUAAAUUAUAUUUUAUGCAAAAAUUUAGAGGG